GUUCUAAGAUGAAGUUAUGGAAAGGUGCUACUUUUGCCUUCAUGCUCUGUGGUGCAGCCCUGUCCAUCCUCCUCAUUAGAAACAUGGCCACUAUCGGACAGUUCAGACCUAAGACGAAAUAUCCGUACGCAUCUUCAUCCUCAUCGAUGCAGUCUUCAUCAUCAGAAUCAACAUCCAAGACCUCGCCGCAAUCCCCCUCAUCGCCACCAUCAUCAUCAGCAGAAUCAACAGUGUUGUCCAGGCAGAUGGGUGGUCUUCAUCGGAGAACACGCUCGGCAGACGAGAUGAACUCUCUCCUCUCAGAGUUUUCCAUGAUGUUCCAGAGCUUCACAGAGGGUGAGCUUCAGCAUGUGGUCGGGACCUUGCUUGACAGGAAGAGGAGGAAGAGCCGGCGCCUGGGUGAGAAGCAGGCCCGAAGGACUAAAAGAGCCCAGAGGCCUAAGCCCUGCUCCUUGAGGAAGCUGCAGCUGACCGUGAGUGAACUGGGUCUCGGUUAUGACAGUAAUGAGACAGUGCUGCUGCGCUAUUGCAGUGGCAAAUGUGAGGACCAACAUCGGCAAAACUACGACGUCAUCAUGAAGUACAUGAUGCGGACGGGCUUCAGGAAGAAGGGCCGCAAGGACAAGGUCAGCAACGGGCCCUGCUGCCGGCCCACCGCCUUCGAAAAGGACUUUUCCUUCCUGGGCAACAACAAUCGCUAUUACACGGUACAGAAUGUGUCGGCGAAGAACUGCGGGUGUGUAUGACCCAGAGAAAUGGACUUAUCACUUCUUCUUGCUGCUCUCAGCCUCUGUUGGAACAGUGGGUGCUGUUAAAAGACAAACUGUGGAAUAUAAACUCAAGGAAGGAAGAAAAGGAUGGUAAUAUUUUCACAGGCUGCUCCACGGCGGCCUUUUUGUGACAGGCAAACUUGACUUUUUUUGGCGUCUGUCAAUACAAAUUGGAACCAAAUCACAUGGACAGCGAGUGCUGCGUUUUUGUGGAUUCCAUGUAAAGAGACACAGAGAAUGACUGUUCAUACCAAAAAGUUUUUAUUAUCUUUUCUAUCUGUGUAGUAACACUGUAAACUGUGGUGUAACAACAAUGUAGCAACAUUAUGUUUGUGAUAUUGCAUUUGAGUAGUAGUACAUGCGAUAGAUGAGCCAUGGUGGACUAGAUUAUUGCUGUUACUACACUUCAUAUCCAUGGGCGUAAACGUCUAUAACUCCAAAUCUUGUACUUUACAUGGUUAUAAUGGUGACAGUAAAUCACCUAUCAGGCAAAAAAAGUGCUCAAAAAUCCAUUUCAAAGCCAUAAAUAAAAAUGAAAAUACAUGCAAUGCACCGAUGUUUACUUUCUGCAUAAGACAGUUUGGACCAUUGACCUAAAAUGAUCAGUGAUCAGCUGUCUCUGUAAAGUACAUUGACUUAAAAGUGUGUUGAGUUAUCACAGGUGACAUGACUUUGUGACCUGUUUCCCUGCUUGUAUGCAUUACUGUUACUGAUUGCAGUGUUAUUACACAGGUAAAAGAACAUGUGUUAUGGUUAAGAAUUUGACAAUGAAAGAAAAUCCUUUUAUAUAGCUCCAGGUUUGAUACCCACCUUUAAUUGUUGUGUUUUGUAUAUCGAUGUUGUGUAGAUUAACAAUGAGGACCUGUUUCAAAACACACAAAUACUCUCUCAUGAUAGUAAUAGAACAACAUGAAAAUGUAUCCCACCUGCUCUCCAUAGAAUAAGUCAUCACACUCAAAGAAAUGAUGAUCUUUUUUUUAUACUUUCCCCAAAACACCCAGUAUUCUAAUUACCCAUAAUCCUCUGGAAUUAUUUUCCUCAAAGAAUUGCCAAAACACACAGAGUCAAUUCAACUCACAAUUAAUUCAUUAACUUAGAUUUAUAAAUAUCUCACAUCUCAAGUUCCAGGUGAUAUAACCGCUUUAUUAUCGUCUCUGGUUGUAAUUUCUGAGCGUUUACACUCAGAACUUUAGCUAAUCUGAGGUGUGAAAGGGAAGAAUGCUUUAAUGAUCAGUAGCGGUAUUUUUUUUUCUUCCCCCACAGACAAAAAACUAACUAUGAAGUAGAGUCGGGAUCUGAAAAUGUGUUUGCACCCAUCCAUAAAAACCUGUAACUUACUAUGAUCCAAAGCCCACAGUACAGCCUUUUAUUGGCCCAUCAAAUGCCUCCUUGUUGUAUUGCCUGGUAGAGUUUUAGCAGAAAAUAAGCUGUUGAAAUGAAAUAUGAAACAUGUUUUCACCUUCGACAAUCUUUAUUUUGAACCCAUUGCAACUGUUUGCCUGAAGUACAAUAAAUUAUGUUUUUGUUUCUGUUUUUCCUGAGGUGGUGCAGUGUGGGGCGUGGAUGCGGUGCAUCUUUAUUGUAGUUUAUAUUGUAUUUAUUUGGGAAAUAAAUUAUGUUUUUUUUUUGCAUAUUUAUUUAGAUUACCACACAGAAACGGGACAGCUUAUUAUCAUUAAGCAACUGUGCCAAAAAAUGUUUUAUCUAACA